AUGGUUGUUGAAAAAUAUAAAUUUCUUGAAAAAUCAUCACAAACCUUUUCUUGAAGUGCUAAACUUAUAAGUUAUAGGCCUACCAUUGAGUAUACACAAUCCUCCUUCUUAGCUUAAGCUUAAUUCUUCAAAAUAAUUCUUUUAAAAAUGUUUGCGUUCAAAGAAACUCCAGGUUACAUCCCUAAUUUUGUCAAGGGAAUUUUGGAUGAAAUCGCUUUAGAAGGUCUUGACGGUAUAACUCCUAAUGAUCUGUGGUUGAGACUGAAUAACCGACCAUUUUUUACGAUAAAACCGAAUGAUGAGUCUGCCAGAUCAUUCUUGUGGGAUGCUGUCAAACAACUCAAACCGGUUUGUUUCUACGAACUACCCGAGCCAAGACCACCACUGGUUAUUUUUGAUCGGUUCCAACACAUAGACCCUGAACUUGGAAUGAUAAUAGAACCCGAAAACAUGCCCAAGAACAUCUAUCCUCAUUGUAAAGUUGAAGAUCCAGCUAAUGGUAUAAUAGGAUCAUGUUCCACAUACUUCACAAGAAAAGACAUAACUGAUGAAGUACGGAGCUUAUCAUAUGAAGAAGUUGACAAGAGAUGGGGCCACAGGCUGGUAGCAGUCGCUUCUGCUGCUGCUAGACGCAGGGCUUUACAGAACCCCGACGUGAACCCUAACCUAGAGCUGACUCCUAUGCAGUACAUCGUCCUGGAGAGGGUGGGCCGCAGUCGCUACCUCGGAGAAAUCACUCAGGGUCGAGACAGUCUGCAGAUUGUUGGGGAAGAUGCAAAAGCAAUCUUCUAUCUGCGAAAAGUCCUCCACAAGCACCGGCUAAUCACCAAACAGAUGUUCCAUCAAAAGUUGGGCACUCAAAACACCAGUGGGCUACUGCUUCAUCUACCCAGGUUUUUUGUGGAGCGACGGCCGAAAACUCUGACUAUGACUGAGAAAGUUGUGGCCUAUUUGAAGAACAAACCAAACCACAUGGAAGAACAUAAUGUGCUACGUACAAAACUUAAUAUUGAAGAUACUCUGAAAAAACUCAGCAAAACCCCCAACUUUCAAAAGUUCAUCAAGUCAGAUGUGGUACUUCACAGAGUUAUGUAUCCAGAGGCUUCAGAGUCUGAAUGGAAAUAUAAAGGACUAAAUAAGGAGCGAUCUGUCAGAGUUUUCUGUCUCAUAGACCCUUCCACAGAUCCUAAAGACGUUUGGCAGAAGUAUGACGACAUAUAUGAUGACGAAGAUGAUGAUAAAUGUGGUCUAUUGGACGAAGGCCACCGCCUACUUGAUCGCACAGUGAUGGCGCAGGCAUACAAGAUACUGGAGGCGGCUGGGCCUGAAGGUGUCACUCAGGUGCAGAUGGGCGAAUCGUUGGGCGCGUCCAAACUGGCUUCUCGCAUGAUCGUACGCAACCUCACCAAGAGCAACAAGGUCACCAUGUUCAUGAAGGACGAGGGACGUCAACGAACAGCCAAGUUUGCCUUGAAGAUAUUUGACAAAUGUUCUGACAUCAAGAAACAAAUGAUUGAGGAGAAAGACAAAUUGAUCAAACUAGUCAGCGAAAGCAAGACAACAGAAGAUGCUCAACCUUCUUGCUCAAAGAAUCAAUCGAGUGGUAAACAAACGUCCAACUCAGAGAAGAGGGAGAAAGGGAAGAAAAAGAAGAAGGAAGCACUGCCCUCACCUUCAACAUCAAAAGCUACUGACAUUCCGAGUGAAGUGGAUGUGAGGGAAGUGAGUAGUGAACAGAGGGAAUCUAUAACAGUGGACGUAACAGAAUCACUGCCUUUGGAGAACAAUCCACCUGCUUCCGAGAAAAUCAGGGUGAAGAUAAAACGAACUAGGAAACGCAAAGGUAAAUUGGAUGAGGAAAAAACCAGUGAGCCUGUACCAGAGAAGAAGGCGAAAAUAGAAAGUGCUAAGAAGGUACCAGCUAAAGUCGAAAGUCCUGGACCAACAGAUGAAGCGUUUACCUCAAAUGUAACUGUAGAAAUCAAGAGCAGCUAUACCUGUGGAAGAUCACUCACUGCCAAACCUUUAGCUCUACCAACCACCAUACCUGGGUUGGAAAGCACCAGCGUCACGUUCAGGAUGUUGAAACGCACAAACUUGAUCAUGGAGGCAGUACACAAACAGAAAGUCAUUUUCGAUGCGAGUAAACUGCAAAAAAUGAUCCUUGAGGAAGAAACAAAAGAAGGAUUAGAUGUAAGGAUGGACAAGAAGUCCUUACAGAGGAUUAUCCGCAAGUUGGCCUUGGAAGGACAUGUGAAACAUUUACAAGUUUCACUGAAAGGAUAUGAUAAACAGAAAACACUUGUAUUUAUCUGCCAUCCUUCAGUUGAUAAUGACCACUCUGUCAUUCAAUCCGCCAUAGAUCAAGCUAAAAUGAAAUUCCACAUUCUGGGCAGAGAAGCUCUAAGGAAGAAGUCACGUCUGAAGAAACCAGUUCAGCCGCAACCACCUCCCCCCAAACAACCAGAGGGGGAAAGUUUGUAUGCCGAUGUUCCUCCCUCGUGCAACAUUGAAAACUUCAAUCUCAAGUAUAACUUUCGCCUGGGCCGAAUGUACGGCUUCAAGCCUAAAUAUAUGCGGAUGCAAGUGCUACACAAGUACAUGUUCUACUUGAUCUAUGGAUACGAAGGAGACGUUGACCUCAACCAGGAGACGGCCUUGAGAGAGAUAGAGAAUCACGUUGAGAUCACUGAUAGUAUCAGGAGUGAAAUGUCUCAAAUAUACUCUACGACCAUGGACUGGAAAAUGUUCCUUCCUCCGUUACCAGUCCACACCGGAUACACCAACGGCUGGGCGCUAAUGUCCGACAUGCUGCUUCGACUGCCGCUCUCUCUCUUCAUUCAACUGGUCAACGUGAUGUACGAGAUACCGGGCAUCGAGGAAUACUUGAACCAUCCGAUAAGAAAACACCUACUGGUUAAGAACCUACCACUCAGCUACAGAUACGCUCUCACGUACGCUCGCAAAUACAUCUUCACCAUACACGAGCAGGUGAUCAGACUUUGUUGCACGGGACUCUUGCAGAUGGGACCUCAGCGACUGAAGGAGAAGGACCAGGUAUUUGUGUACCUGAACCGUCGUGCUCUACUGUGGGACACAACGUCUUCUCCUUGUGGCUAUCAUCAGAUAGAUAAGGAACAGCAGUACCCUGUACACCAUUACCACUUGCAGACUCUGGCGGAUGUAGAGCAGUAUUGGUAUGACCUGUGGAACUUCUGUAUGCACACUAUGCUGGGGGGCAGAAUGUGUGUGGCAGGCAAAGAGGUUGUGGUGGAAGGACUGCAGAACAAACCUGAGAUGGUGGAAGCAGUGGAAUCCCAAUCAGUAGAGGAGGCGGUGGAGAGAGACGUUGGUUAUCUGCCUGGCGAUCAUCUAGGAGCAGCUGGCUUUGACUCUGCUAUGUUUGCACACUUAAAGCGGAAUUGGUACUGGAACACAUCAAAAACUGGAACAGGACCUAGAUCUGCCCCUGCACCCGCACCAACUACUGACCUUCAACCAGUACUCAACCUACACAAGCAUAAAGAGGACCGUAAACAGUCUUUGAAAACUGUGAGGGUGAUCUCGGAAACCAGCAGUGCAAGGAGACGAGGGAGGAGGGAGAGCAAGUCGGAGCCAAAGGGAAGUCAGAAACAGAUGAAGAAGAAGCUUCUGAUCAAGAAGACUGUGCGGAUGUUACAAAACAGACGAGCCAGUAUGAGGAAACCUUACUACGACCAGGUCGACCGAGAGGCUCUGCUGAAGAUGAGUAAACUACGGGUUGAUUGGUCGCCCAAAGAAGACAACUUGUUGUUGCUGUGCAAAGUGGCUUUUGUGAUAUUCCAGAACAUCGGCAAACGCUAUCAGAAUCUCAUCACUGUGAGGCAGUUGCUACAUGAUCAAUAUCCUGAAUCUACUGACAAAACGUCAAGAGCUUGUCAGAGGAGACUCAACUACAUAAUGAAAAACAGCCAGACGCAACGCAGCGUGAACCUGUGUGUGGAGGAAAUGAAACAAGACAAUGUUGUGAUGAAUCAGCUGCAGGGUCUAGUGGAGGUGAUGAAGUCAGAGGCCAAGGUCAAGCUGCCAGCAGCCAAGAGGGAGGAGGAGUGGACCAGGAGUUUCAAGGAGUUGGUAUUGCUGCUGCAAGAGCGCUACAAGAAGUUGCAUAGUCAAGAGUUGAGUGGAGUUGGUGAAGGCUUCACUUUGCCUGACACAGUUGAUCAGCUGUUUGAGAACUACCGAGUAUUGAGACCACAAAAAUUCAGGAAGAGGAGUUUCAACCCAAUCCAUGUUGUCACUGACAUUCAUGCUGGAGUGAUCAAUGCCACAAUACUGAGUUCCCUGAACUGUGUUGGUGACAAGACAUCAUGGUCCUACCAGCUGUUCAACAUAUACCAGCAAUACCCUGACAAGUUGUUGCGCUCAGUCAUGUCUAAUUCCCUGAACUGUGUUGGUGACAAGACAUCAUGGUCCUACCAGCUGUUCAACAUAUACCAGCAAUACCCUGACAAGUUGUUGCGCUCAGUCAUGUCUAAGACCCGAGCAGACCAGAUGGUGUCUCUUCGUAAGCGCUACCUCCGCACUCAUGUUCGCCAGGGCGAUUAUCUUCCAUUGUCCUCUAGUCCUUAUCAACUCUCUAUCAGCUACAUCAACCUGCUGCUGACCAGAUACCAGUACGAGCUGUAUGGUGAUUGUUUGGAGAUGUACCACAGACUGGUGGACUCCAGCAGAGAAGCUGACUACUUUGAGGAGGUGGUUGCUGCCAAGGGAGGGAUAGCUGCUUGUGUCGUAGAGUUUGCUACCCAAGGCAAGAUUGACUUCAAGCUGGAUAUCCCUGACCAAAUAAUUGUUAUGGACCCGAAUGUGAUUCAGAAAGAUGAAACGUACACUCGGAUUGUACAGCGCUAUCAAGAUAUCCUCACCAAAUGCAAGGAGCCACAAGUUACCAUGACUCAUAUAUUCGACGAUUCUUACUCUUCCAUUUCUCAAGAUACUGAGAUGAUGGAGGACGAGCUGGCGGUCCCGGCACAGAACACAUUGGCCAAGGCUGCCACCCGGAUAGCUCUGUACCUGACCAGAGAAGAGUGUGACAAGACAAUGGAGCAGAAAGAGAUCCAACAUGCACAUGACUUCUUUGUGGUCAACGCCACCAGAGUGUUUUGCCGAUUUAAUUGUGAGUUUAAAGAUCAUGAAGUUCCUGCAGAGCUUAUGCCUUUGGGGCCCUCAGUUAAGGAGGAUUUGCUAAGUAGGAUUAAGAGAUUAGCUCUAUUUCCCGGAAGAAACGCACCCAUCAAUGAAACAGUUACAGAAAUCUGCGAAAUACUAAGAGUGGACAGAGAGUUAGUUGUGGAGAUUGAACAGCUGAUUAAAUCAAAGAAGGAAAUGGGGCUCACGCUUGAUGAAAUUAGAGACAUCUACGGUGUUGACAAGAGAGUGGCUGAGAUCAUCAACCAGCUGGUUGACUCGCAAGUCAUCCUCCGCAGCGGAGUGAACAAAACUCAUCUCGUACACGGAGAGUUCUACAGACCGUGGGUGAUCCACUCCUACCGUCUGUUGCGACUGGAUAGGGAGAACAUUCCGGAGAAUCGUAAGGCAAGCUGCGCGAUGAUGAUGAACGUCGGUGAAAAUGUCCCUAGUGAUGAGACGACUUGUGCAGAGCCAGUGGACGAUCAUAACAUGCCUGGAGCAGUUGAGCUGGGUGAUGAUAACUUGAGCAACAUGUCGCCUCCUCCGCUGUCCCCGCUACCCUCUCUGACAGAACCUACCCCUUCUACCUCCUACUUCCCCCCUCCCCUCUCCCCCCAACCCUCCACCAGCUCUGCACCUCAACCCCCCUUACCUGACCCAGCUAAGAGUGCCAGGAAAUACAAGGCGAAACUGCUCACUGGAGCAUUCAGAAAGGUCGAGAAAGCCACUUCUUUUGAUGCCAAAUCCAAAUGCAACCUGAGGGUGUGUGUCCGACCGUGGAUCAGGAUCAACGGUUCUCUCAACCGCCGUGUGUUAGACAAGUUCCUUUCCUCCAUCCUGGGCCAUGUCAUGAUUCAUCCUCUCUGCUCUCUGAAGAACAUCCAGGAGCGCUUCACACCUGCCUUCCAGCCUCAUCACACACGGGAACUAGUGGAGAUGUUGGCACAACUAAAAUGCCUGAAGAUUCUGGCAUUGAAGCGAUCUCACAAAUGCACUUUGUUCUCCAAGCCAACAGAAGUGUCUGCAGUGGAGGCUACAGGACUGGAGCCAGAAGAGGAUAUUCUGCUAGAGCCAGAUUCCAUGGCUGUUAGCCGUCUGGCAGCCUUCAUUGGAGAUUCAGCUUAUUCUCAGGUUAUCUUCAAUGUCGACAUGGCUCGGAAUCCAUCUGAGUGAUGUCAGCUGUAUGAAUUGUCUGUGAUAUUGAUGUAAACUUAUAAAACUUAUUUGACUGAAAAAUAAAA